CACGCUGCCAAGCUGAAGGAUGAAGUCUCGAUGGGGUAAGUCCCCCGCUGAUGCAGUGUGGACUCGAGCAGACAUGCCGACAUGGAAAGCCGCCCUUUUGAAUUUCCGAUGAGAUCCAUCCAUCGCAUUGCAAUUCGAUCAACAAGCCCUUAGGCGGUGUUACGUACAAUGCGUACUCCGUACUUUAUCCCGGUUCUCACUGGCUCCCACAUCCAACCACUGCAAAUACUCGACAAUCGAAAGCCCGGGAGCGAUUGGAAAGUGACAGCCGCCACCAGCAGCACCACAGCUUUAGGGUAUGCGGAAGCAGCCCAGGCUCCAAAGUCUAACCCGCCGCCAUGUGUCACCUCCUUUCAUUGGUAUUCAAGACAUGUCUGUCGGCUUAGUGUCUUGACAGUAGCUCGUUAAAAGGAUGCAUUCGAGCCAACAGUCCCGGCAUUGGAUUCGCCAGAUAUAACCUCACAACUCACUCACUGCAGGGCGUCUUUGCAUGGAUCAAUCGGAU